UCAUUAAACGUGCAAAAGGGACAAUUAAAAUAUAAUAUGCACUUUAUUGCUAAAAAUAUUUAAUUGUGUUAAGCAUUACAUUAGAUUUACACUCUAUAAAUGGAUCAUAUCUCAUUUUACUUGAAAACAAGAAAGAAAGAAGAAAAAAAAUAUGGCCAAGACUCUCAAAUUUCUUUAUGCAAUAAUUGUAUUGUUUUCUCUAUUCCUUCUUUCGAUGGAGGAUAUUGCUGGUCGUCCAUGUGAAACUGAUGAAGAUUGUCCAUUCUCAAUGAUUACUCCUAACAUGCUGAGAAUCAUUUUUAAGUGCGUUAAAAAAGUAUGUACAAAGUUUCAAGAGGUUCCUCUAAUACCAUAAUUACAAUGAAUAAUCUUCAUUUUGAAAUAUCAAAAAAUAUGCAUAAUAUAUUUAUGAUGAAUAAUUGUAAUUUAUAUAUUUAUAUCGUUUGUAAUUUCAUGUACCUUCAAAUUAUGGCUUUGUUCUCUAAAAUUUUGAUAAUCAAAUAAAAAAGGCAAUAAAAUUAUUAGAA